AUGAAUUUCCUACGCCUUGAAGGAGAUGCUGCCCUUGUCUCUCACUCGAACAAAACAGCCUUCAUCGAAUCCCUCGUCUCUCAGAUGACCGUCCCCGAAAUGGCCCUUCAGCUUUACCUUUUCUUCGCCGACGACGCUGUUGGCCCCAAUAGCACCAACGAGCUCUACGACCACGCCCUGCAACUCGCUCCAUCUGCUGGCAUCGGCAUCAUCCACGACUGGUAUACGCUCAACAAGACCCAAGUCAACUCUCUCACAGCACUGAACCUGGAGAAAUCUCGCCUGAAGAUCCCCUUUCUGCACUUAGCCGAGUGCCUGCAUGGCGUGGGGAGUUUCAAGCAGAGUAUGUUCCCGCAGAGCAUUGGCCUGGCUGCAACGUGGGAUGUGGAUUUGGUGCAUAGAGUCGCGCGGGCUAUUGCGAAGGAGGCGAGGAGUAUUGGAAUUCAUGCUUGUCUUUCGCCCGUUUUGGAUGUUUGUAAAGACAGUCGAUGGGGGCGGUGUCAAGAGGACUGGGGAGAAGACCACAUCCUCACCAGCCACCUCGGCGUUGCAUAUGCGUCUGGACUUUCCAAGAACAGCUCUUGGGGUGAACCCGACGCUGUAGUCCCAGUAAUGAAGCACUUCGCUGCCCACGGUGCGCCUCAAGGUGGACUCAAUGCUGCUCCUUGGAUGGGCCACGGCAACCGCGAAGUCCUGCAAAACCUUCUCACUCCGUUCAAGGCUGCAGUCGAACUUGGAGGUGCCAGGGGUGUUCUGAUGGCGUACUCAGAAUUAGAUGAUGUUCCUUCGCAUGUCAACCCCAUGUUGUACGGUGCUUUGGAAGAUUGGGAAUAUGAUGGGUUUGUGAUAGCGGAUGAUACUGGCAUGUCCGAGCUGGAAGAAGUCCAUAGAGUCGCUUCAUCUCCCGCCGAUGCCAUCGGACAGUGGUACAACGCGGGAGGCAUGAUCUCCUACUACGACUACCCCCUAGAGACAUUUCUCAAUUCAACAGUCGACCUCGUCAAAAACCACACCGUGUCCCUUUCAACCCUCAAGCAAAAGAUGCGCCGCAUCCUGGGAGUCAAAUACGACCUCGGCCUCUUCUCCAACCCAUACAUCCCAGACGACACCGACCCAGAAGCAAUCGUAGAAGAUCACAUCCCACUAACGCUCGAAGCUGCCCACAAAAGCAUAGUCCUGAUGGAAAACCGCAACUCCACCCUCCCCUUGAAAGCCAACUCUAAAGAGAAGAUUGCUCUUGUUGGCCCCUACAGCGAUAUUCUCAACUACGGCGACUACGCAGGCCAAUUUGGGCAAUACCCCGUUGCACACUCUUCGACCCUUCGAGAAGGUAUAUUAAACUCGCUCAAAGCUACCAACUCCAACAUCGAACUCGUAACCGCCUGGGGAGCCAACACCUGGCUCCACAACGCACAAUACCCCAUCGCAGGCUACCAUCUCUCCACACCAAACGGCACCACAGGCGGUCUCCAAGCAACCUAUUUCGCCGGCCCAAACUUCACUGAGCCGCUAGUGAACAAGACAGAAGUCCCCGUCCGCGACUGGGGUCUCUACCCACCGCCCGGCCUGCCCUCAAACAACUUCUCCGCGGUGUGGGAAGGCACACUGCACGUCCCCGUCGACAUUGAAACGCAAGGCUGGCUCGGCGUGGGAAUUUCCUGGAACGCCACAGCAAACCUCUACAUCGACGACGCUCUGCACGUCCACGUCCCAUUGACGACCACAGGAAACCUCCUCUCAAACAUCCCUGGCCGCGCAUACACCCUCGUGAACUCGACCCUCCCACCGCCAGGUUCCGAGCCUUUCACCUUCAAACCCAGCGCAACCCACAAACUCCGCCUCGAAUUCCAAUCCUGGAACCUCUACCAAAAAAUCGCCAACCAAAACUCCCUCAACGCCGAAGUCCUCCUCUUCUGGAACCUCGUCUCGCCCUCCUCCUCUUCCUCUUCCAACAGCACCAACACCACAACAUCCGCCCUCUCCCAAGCCCUCCAACUAGCCUCCACAGCCGACAAAAUCAUCCUCCCCCUAGGAGCAAACUGGAACUCCGACGGCGAAUCCGGCGACCGCGCCACAAUGGGCCUCUCCCCCAACCAAACCGCCCUGGCCCACUACAUCCUCUCCCUGAACAAACCCACCAUCCUCCUCCUCUCCGGCGGCCGCCCCUUCGCUCUCCCAGAACUCUACAACCACACCUCCACCGCCGCCGUCCUCUCCACCUGGUUCGGCGGCCAGAGCGCCGGGCAAGCCGUCGCGGAUGUAUUAUUCGGAACUUUCAACCCCGGCGGACGCCUACCGCUAAGCGUCCCUAGGGAUGUAGGCCAGAUGCCGAUUUUCUACAACUAUAAACCCACCACGCAUCAGGCCGCGUACGUUGAUCUCGAUCCGAGUCCCGCGUAUCCCUUCGGAUACGGAUUGUCUUACUCGAAUUUCACGCUGGGCAACUUCACCGCUUCCUCUGGGAACGGAUCCUUCACGCCCUCAACGCCCCUCCUCUCCUUCACCCUCCGCCUAACCAACACAUCCCCUACACCAGGAAGCUAUACCCCGCAGAUCUACCUCCUCGGCCGCGUCUCGAGUAUCACGCAACCAGUGAAGCAACUCGUGGCUUUUCAACGCGUCUAUUUGGAAGGAGGGGAGAGCAGGCAGAUCACGUUGGAGGUUGAUGUGGAUCGGUAUCUCAAGAUCCUCAAUCGGGUGAAUGAGUGGGUGGUGGAGGGGGGGGAGUAUACGUUUGCGAUGUUGGAGGAUGGGGGGAUGUGGGCGGAUACGGGGAGGAAUGUUAGUUUGAGGUGUGUUUGA